AUGGUCACGUUUUUCACUUUCCAUUCAAUUAUUUUCUAUAAAGAUGAGCACAAUGCUUACGCGAAUAUUCCAUCUCACGCAACAACCACAAUCUUACCUCAAAUACCACCAGUGACCUGUGAGCACUCUUUCCUCCCACCUGAUUCUGGUAUUUGGUUCUGGGUCUUUGUUGCCAAGCUGGAUUUCCUGCAAGUGAAGCAUCUUAAAAGGAAGAGGAAAAGUAACUACAGUGUGAGAGAGACACAAACUCUCAUCCGAGAAAUCCACAAGAGGAGUAAUGUCCUGUUCUCCAGACAGCAGAAUACAGCCAUCAAUGAGCUGAAGAGACAAGCAUGGGAGGAAGUGGCCCGAGGUGUCAACUCACUUGGUGAAGGAGAACUACGUACUGCAGCUGAAGUAAAACGACGUUAUCUGGACUGGCGUUCCCUGAUGAAGCGGAAGCAACUCCAGGCCGAGCUGUCCCUUUCCUCCUCCUCUUCUUCUUCACUCGCCCUGAAGUCUGAGUAUGAGCCAUCUUCGCCAGAGGCCGGGUCCCUCACAUCAUCCUGGGACCAGCUGUUGGACCUCUCAGCUCUUCCCAAAGACACCCACUGUGACUGGCCUGAGCUCACGCUGGGCGACCAAGGCAGCCAGUCCAUGAUGCCACCUUUGGGUGUCAAGAUGGAAGAGGACGUGUGUGAAUACAGGCUGGACUGCGAUGGAGAAGUGGGAGAUGGAGAGAUAGACGAUGAUGACAUCCCUUCCCUUCUCAGUGACAUUGAGUCACGUGGAGAUGGCCAUGCUGCUGAGAUCUAUUCCAACAGUGGCCAGGGCAUCCUCAGCUCAUCCAAGGGUCCAACCUCCACCACCCCCACCACUCGAGAUGUCACCCUCAACAGCCUGCUAGGGUACUCUUUGCCUGGGACCACCCUGAACGACAGCAUGGGGCCCGGUGGGAUCCUGUUAGCUGUGGAGAAGCAGAGGUUGGAGGUGGAAAAACAGCGUCUGGCUGUUGAAUCGGAGAGGUUGGUGGUGGAGAAGGAGCGUUUAGCUGUGGAGAAAGAACGUCUCCGUCAACACGAAACAGAACACCAACGCCUGCAGCUGGAGAAAGAGAGGCUACAGGUGGAGAGGGAGAGACUCAGGCUCAUGCUUAUCAACCAAUCAGAGCAUGUCGACUCGUCCUUCAAUCUGCCGCCACAACAGGGCCCGCCCACUUCCUCCACGUCCUCCAAUCUGGAUGGGUCAAUCGGGGAUGGGGAGGGGAAAGAGAGCAAAGGCUGGCUGUCAUUGGUGGAUCUGGAGGCGGAGAGGAUGAGGUUAGAUCAGGAGCGGCUCCAGCUGGAGAAGGAGAGACUACAGUUCUUUAAGUUUGAGUCGGGCCGACUGCAGAUUGAGAGAGAGCGCCUCCAUGUGGAGAAGGAGAGAAUGCAGCUGCAUAUGGACCACCAGAGCCACUAACAGAGGGGCUGAUACAAUACAUUUUUCUGUAUUUGAAUGAUGCACACGAUAGAAAUUGCAUCAUAUGCAAACAAAGGCUGAAGUUCGUUCCUUCAUGGUGUAUUUGAUUUAAUGAAAGACUGUCUCUAGUGUCUUGUUCAGUGCAUGUUUGGGGCGUUUUUUUAAACAGUUCAGUGCAUUUCCUAAUGCUUUAUCAAUUUGCUUUCAUUUUUGCACUGAAAUAAGCUCUCUCAUCCACCAGUCAGGAUUAUUUUCGUCAUUUUAAUUGUCAAAAUUGUAUCGAAUUUGUAAAAAGCUACCUCUAGUGUGUGCAACUGGCCUCUCCUUUAGAUGAAUACUAAGCGCUCAAAAAGAGGCUAAAAUAGAGGUUUUAGUAUCUGCAUACCACAGAGUUGUUAUUAUAUAGAUCUUUUCUAUAAUACUUUAUAUGGUUCUAAACCAACACCAAGAACAGAGCACAAUUUUUGUAUGAUGACUAAAAUCCAUUAAUGAUACCUUAUAUUUAACUGUUUAGUUUGUACCACUGAUAAAUCAGUAGUGACAUUUUAGACUUUGUUUGCAUAGAGCUAUAUGUCAUCUGAUACAUCAGCCCAAUUCCAAAAGCAUUUAUAUUUUGUGGAUUAAAGUAUAUGAAAGCACACCCCUACGAGUGUAUAAAAGUAUUUGGGGGUUAUAUAAUUUACUGAGAGAAAAAUAAUGUGCUCUUUGUGUCCAGUGUUUACAUGAGUGGUCCAGUCUAUAGAUGUUCUAUUGUCAGAGUAAAAAGAUUAUGAUGUAAUGCUUUAUGAUGAUA